AUGUUUUUCCAGAGAGCCAAGAUUUUGGUCAUCGCCACACGGAAAAAGCUUGUCUAUAAGAAGAUAGGAAACAACUCGUAUACAUCAUGGGCUGAUCAAUGGGACAACGGUCCAGACCCAGUCUACGAGACCAAGAAGAGCAGUUCUGGUGGUGGUGGUGUGACUGCCAAAUAUGGGAAGAAAGUUGGAGAGGGGCUUGGGAAGACCAAAGAUGUGGCUUCAACUGGAGCGAAGAAGAUCAAAGAAGGAACCUCCAUGGGCAUUCAGUGGAUCAAACACAAGUACCAGAAGACCACCCAGAAGCACUGA